UUCUUCCCGGAAGUAAACGCUAAACGCAAGAACUUCAGAAGGAGAGUGCAAGAAAAAAAAAAACAGAAAAAACAAGUAGUGCCUGAACGCGCAGUUGGCGACGCGGCACAAGGCAGAAAUAAUAAUGUCCUUAGCGGUUUUGACAUCCACAUACAGCCUGGACGGUCGUUAAUAUCUGCAACCACCCUGUCCUGGCUGUCUCCUUCAGGCUGAGGUCCAUCUGCAGGCUGCAGCGACUCCAGGGCCACAUGAUGUCCAGUCAUGUGGAACCAGAGGUUCUCCUGGAGAAGAUUGGCAGAGCUGGUGUGAUCACCAUGAACAGACCCAAAGUCCUGAAUGCCCUCAACAUGACCAUGAUUCGACAGAUCUACCCUCAGCUCAAGAAAUGGGAAAAGGAUAAUGAUACUGACAUUGUCAUCAUCAAAGGAGCAGGUGGAAAAGCCUUCUGUGCUGGUGGAGACAUUAGAGCGGUCACGGAAGCGGGGAAGGCUGGUGACUCUCUUGCACAGGACUUUUUCCGUGAGGAAUACAUUCUCAACAAUGCUAUAGGAGUAUGCAGGAAACCAUAUAUUGCCCUUAUUGAUGGAAUAACAAUGGGAGGGGGCGUAGGUCUGUCAGUUCACGGACGGUUUCGAGUGGCCACUGAGAAGACGCUGUUUGCCAUGCCAGAGACUGCCAUCGGGCUUUUCCCUGACGUGGGAGGUGGCUAUUUUCUGCCGAGGCUCCGGGGCAGGCUGGGUCUGUUUCUGGCUUUGACAGGCUUCCGUCUCAAGGGACGUGAUGUACACAGAGCUGGAGUUGCCACUCACUUCGUAGAGUCUAAGAAGAUCCCAGACCUGGAGAAGGAGCUGGUGGACUUGAAGUCUCCCUCUGCUGAAGACGUCGCCAGAGUUCUGGACACCUACCAGAACCAGAGUAGUCUGGAUUCUGAGAAGCCUUUUGUCUUGGACCAGCACAUGUCUGAUAUUGACAGGUUGUUCAGCUCCAGCAGUGUGGAGGGAAUAAUGCAGAAUCUGAAGGCAGAUGGCUCUGAGUUUGCUAAGAAACAAGCUGAGACAUUGUCCAAAAUGUCUCCCACGUCCCUGAAGAUCACCUAUAAGCAGCUGCAGGCCGGUGCCUCUCUGAGCCUGCAGGACGUGUUGGUGAUGGAGUAUCGACUGAGCCAGGCCUGCAUGAGGGGCUGCGACUUCUAUGAGGGCGUAAGAGCUGUGCUGGUUGACAGGGACCAGAAUCCCAAGUGGAGCCCGUCAACACUGGGGGAGGUAUCUGACCAGAGCGUGGACCAGUGCUUCUCGUCACUGGGAGAGAAGGAUCUGACUUUCUGAUGUCAGCCAGCAGCUUCUUCCCGCCUUCAAACACACACCACUAAGCCUUGUGUAAAUGGCUGCUUCCUGUGCCCACAUCCUUUUAUGGUCAUUUGAGAGGACUGUACUACUGAGGAUGGUGAAAGUCUGUUAAAAUGACAAGCACAUACAUAGUUCAGAUAAUGGUUUGAUUGGUACUAUUAAAUACUGUAGAGCUUUUUCUAUUCUUCUGGUGACAUUUCAAAGGAAACCUCAGACUUACACAUGCUGUCAUUCUGCAGCUGAGGAAAAGGUCUGAUUCCUGUUCCCUGCUAGAGAUUGAAAAUAGCGGAGGAAGUCGCUAACAGAUGCCCUGUGUGUCACACGUAAAAAACGCUUAGUGUAAACUUGCUCUACAGUGGAAGUGGAGUCUCAAGGAGCCGAACAGCAGUGUUCCAUUAACAUGAGGACAUGGGAUGGAAAAAUGAUCUCACCACUGAGUGCUUUAUUACAUUUCCUGUGAGUGUUUGUUGGUGUGACAUGGAUCAGUCUCAUCUGUAUUUCUGGUCACUUGUUUGAAUACAGAUAACUUAAUGUCUCUAUUUCACUAGUUUUCCUCCUCUACCAGUAUUUUCUUUUUAGUAGUCUUUGCAUUUUGUGAGAUUUAGCAUGAAUAAAAAAAAGCUAUUCUCUGACACAUUCAAAUAAAACUCCCAGGAUAGGUGGCAGAGUAUAUCAAUAUUGGUUCUGACUGCAUUUACGUGAUUGGUACACUGCAUUUUAGAAAAACAAAUAUGGUUUCAGCAGUCUGAAAUGUAUUUGAUAUAGUGUGUUUUAAUAUUACUCCGAACUCCUUCUGAUAAACUGUUUUUUUUUUGUAGGAAUCAAAUCACCUCCCGAACAUUAGUUUUCAUUAGCUGCAUUAUUUAUGAGACAACCAGACAGUGUCAGAGUCAGAUUCGCCAUUGGGUCUGGAACAGAUGACAAUAAACAGAGCUGGUAAUGUAAUGUACAAUGUUGCGUGUCAUUGGUGAGUGAAGAAACUGCUCGUACAUGUUGUGUUUCAAAGAACUACAGCUGUGGAGGGUAAUAUGUUUUAUGACCUCCUGAAGUGUUUUUGUAAAACAAUGACUUGUCUUUAUAAAGUGCUGUAGGUAUCAGCAUGAAAGCACUAAGCUGCUGCUCAGAUAUGAAGUCCACAACGUAAAGGUAUUGAUUUUAAUUGCAUGUUAGGUUGCAAACCGGUCUGCUUCGGUAUUGGCAGGAAGUCUUGUAUAUUUCAUUUGAGCAGUAAAAUAGUCAAAAGCGAACCACUGAGUCCUGCCAAUGAAUGAUGACGCUUUCAGUCUGAAUAGGAGGAAAUAAAACUCAUGAAUCCCAGAUUGAUCCCUUCUAUAGUCUUGGUCACCUUGUCUCAUGUCCUUUUUAAUCUUCCCUACCUUUUUUAUAUUUACACAAUCCAUCACAUUUCAAUUUAAUCUGUGUGUCAUAUUCAUAAACUCUUUCAAUCAUCCACAGCGCUGCCUUCAGAGCAGCUCAUUGAGCAGACAGGAUGACGUCCACAUACUUUAGACAAU